AAUUGACUGUAUAUUUAAUGUUAAGCGACACCGAGCAAGACCAGUUCUAAAGUCUUGAAAUUCCACAGAGAAGAUCAAGUUGGCAGGGAAUGGGGUUUCAUUAUGUGAAAAUCCUGGGGGAAAGGAAGUACAGUUACUGUGAAAUGGUUAAUUUGUUCCCACAUUCCUUUUACUUUGUUUUGUUCCUUAACGCUGAAGGUAGUUAAGCUGCUUUAUGAUGUCACAGUGGCUUCCUCAUGAAAUGAUAAAGAUUGUGAAACUGCAUAGUAUCCAUUUGAAUUUCUCUGGAUGUGGUACAGGGUGAGAGUCUGCUUCUGGCAAACUAAAUUGUUUUUGAAAGCUUGGAAUGGUACAUGAGGCAAACAUAACUGCAGUUUCACCUGAUCAGUCUAAGGUAAAAGCUGAGUGGCUGGAAAAUAACUUGCAAAAAGGAAAAGAGAUCGACUUCGACACUUUAUUGCUGUUAAACCCUGAAUUGUCAGAGGAAAUUAUGCCACCUCCAAGUAAACCUGUGAUGAUGACCCGGGCCUCCUCAAGACGUGUAACGACUGCUCAAAGGAUUACCCAUCCAAGUGAAAUACCACGUCCCAAUCGCUCAAGGGCAUCAACCGUGUUACAGACUCAAAAAGAAGCUGAUGCAGAACUUUCAAAUUCCAAUGUUUCAGCCAGGAGAGCAACCAUUUCCACAGCAAGAAAGACAAAAGAAAGUGAAAAAUUGAAGAAACAACAAGACAGGCGAAUGCAACUACAGGAAAUCAGAGAAAAGCGUACACAGGAAUAUGACACUAGUAAUCCAAAUUGGGAAUUCAUGAAGAUGAUUAAAGAAUUCAGAGCUACUCUGGACUAUCGUCCUCUUUCAGUUGCAGAUCCGGUAGAAGUGCACAAAAUAUGUGUUUGUGUCCGAAAGCGUCCCCUCAGUAAAAUGGAAAAGACCAAGAAAGAGGUUGAUGUGAUUACACUUCCCAGCAAGAAUGUGGUCCUGGUUCAUGAGCCCAAACUGAAAGUCGACCUCACCAAAUAUCUGGAGAACCAGAGCUUCAGAUUUGACUACGCCUUUAAUGAGAAUGUUAACAAUGAAGAAGUUUACAGACUUUCAGCAGGACCUUUAGUGCAGACAAUAUUCGAGCGGGGAAUGGCUACUUGUUUUGCCUAUGGGCAAACUGGAAGUGGUAAAACUCACACAAUGGGCGGUGACUUCUCAGGCAAAACCCAAGACUUUUCUAAGGGAAUCUAUGCUCUUGCAACUCAAGAUGUCUUUUUGCUGCUUCAACAGCCCCGUUACAAAGAUCUUAAUCUGACAGUAUUUGUAACCUUUUUUGAGAUCUACAGUGGCAAGGUAUUUGAUCUGUUAAACAAAAAAGCUAAGCUGCGUAUUUUAGAAGAUAAUAAGCAGCAGGUUCAGAUUGUGGGGCUUCAAGAGCAAGAAGUCUUCUCUGUGGAUGAUGUGAUCCUGAUGAUUGAUGUGGGAAACAGUCACAGGACGUCUGGACAAACAUCUGUAAAUAACAACUCCUCCAGGUCCCAUGCAGUUUUCCAGAUUAUUCUCCGCAGACACAAAAAGCUUCAUGGCCAGUUUUCCCUAAUCGAUCUGGCCGGUAAUGAGAGAGGUGCUGAUACUAGCAGUGCAGAUAGACAAACACGAAUGGAAGGAGCUGAGAUUAAUAAAAGCCUACUCGCCUUAAAGGAGUGCAUUCGAGCAUUGGGCCACAAUAAUAUCUAUACUCCGUUCCGAGCAAGCAAACUGACUCUGGUGCUGAGAGAUUCAUUUAUUGGUGAAAACUCUAGAACUUGCAUGAUUGCAAUGAUUUCACCAGGAUUGAACUCGUGCGAGCACACUCUCAAUACUUUGCGGUAUUCAGACAGGGUGAAAGAACUUGGUGUUGAGGAAGGAGCUUCUUGUGAGCCAGAAAUUUCCAAUACAUCUAAAGACAUAAAUGAAAAUGAAACCAUGGAACAGUCUGAAAUUCGGUUGCUCUACCAAAAAAACCCUGCAGAAACUGAAGUUCUAAGUGAAAAUCAGGAAAUGGUCGAGACGUAUGAUCGUUUUGGUUUGGAUGUACCUCAGGAAGAACCAUCACUUAUUUGUGACAUGCAUUUAGAUGUCUCUAGAGUUCUUGAAUUAGAGGAACAGAUUUUGGAUGAACACCGUGCAAUUCAACAGAAGCUAAUUCAGUGGAGCAAUGCUGAUGAUGAACUCCUGAAGAUGACACAGCUUCCAGACUACAAUAUUGAGAUCUACACCAACCUAUUACAAACGAACAUGGAUGAGCGGCUGUUGAUUUUUCAAGAAUUUAACAAAAAUCUGAUUGCCUUCAGACAGGCCUUGCAAAAGGAAGAACAAGCUGCCCAAACCAUUCAGUGAAAGUCAUCACGGAGAACUUAAUUUGCAAAUGCAAGAGAAGUCACCAUCUAUUAAACCACUUGUAUUUUUCCUGGCCACUGGACUUAGCUGCCACUUUGUUUUUCUUGUCUUUCCUUUCUUUGGUCCCAAUUUUUUCCCCUGUCCUUGGCAAAUGGUCUUUUUCUUUCUAUUUUUGGUGUGUUCCUUUCUAAAACUAUAAACUUAAUAUGUUAACAUAUCUAAAAUUGCAUUUGACAAUUAACUUCAGUGUGUAUGCAUGUUAAUGCUGGUUAUCACAUUGAGUAGUUUGAGUCUGGUAUUUAUUCAAAGGGUAGAAUUCCAGACUUUUUGCAGAAAAUAAUUCAAAUGGGUAAUGGCCUUUAGGCAGCAGUCACAAAGAGAUAAUGAUAAAGUUCCUUUCUCAGAAGUUCUGCUUAGCCUUGUUUGGUGAUUGGAUUGGAAGGGAAGGAUUUGGGGAAAAAGAAAGACCAUAUAUUUGAAAAUGACAAAUGGGGAGAAUGCAUUUGGCACACACAAACUCCACUGACGUCAAAGCAGGAAAAUUUAACAUUCCAAUUUUUUUGUCUAGUCAAUUGCCUUCAGUCUCAAUGUUUUACUUAAUUACUAAUUCAUGUUUUUGAGUAUUUUUGAAUCAGCUAAAAAGUGUUGGAAAAUGAAUUUAUAAAAUGGCCCUUUACUCCUCAGAAAUUGGAAUAAUUGUAAAUUUCAGUCAGUGAGUUAUGUUGCUAUCUGAACACACAAUGAAUGUUACCUGCUAUGAAGGCCAGUCAGUUAUUUUUUUCUAAUAGGCUCCAGGGCUUUUGAUGCAGUGAGUAUUUCCAGUAUUAGAAAGCAUGCAACGCAUCCUUCCCAUUCAGUUCUGACACAAUACACACUGGAAAUUGGAGGAGCUUCUUGAGCAUACUGGUUUUGUUUCUUUUUAAAUUCCUUGUUCAUCUGUAUUAAGAUGGAAGACCUAUGCACUUUCAUGUUGGACAAAUUCCGUAUAUCUUUGUACAACUCCACUGCUUUCCCAGGCGAGUGAACCAAUCACACAAGCUAUGAAAACAACUGAAAUCUGUUUUUCUUAAAAUUCUAAACUGUCUUGGUGAGUUUCAUUGCUGAGUUUAUAAACGUAAUAUGACCCUGUACAUUUCUCACUGUCUGCAGUUCUUAAAAAAAAGUAUGAAGUCAGGCAAUUUUUUUUAUAAUAUAAACAUAUAAACAUUCUAACAUGAGAAGAGAAAUGUAAUUUUGAGGGAAAAUAUUUGAUAUUAGCGCUUACAGUAUUUUGUCAGGAUAUUUUAAAUUCUGAAUAUCUGAAUCAUCCCUUUUCGAUACUAGACCAUCUCAAGUACCGAAAUGUAUGUAUUUAAUGUAAACCCUAGCUGCUGAAGAGCUUUUUUCAAUCUACCAUUAGAUCGUUGCUGCUCUUCCAAAGAAAGAAAAAAAAUGUUAAUAUUUUCUUGUCUGCAUCCUCCCAUCCAUGAGAAGUAUACUAUUAAAAGUAAUAGGACUGGGAUUACUUAAAAUGAAUAUGUUGUAAUGUUGCCCUUUGUCACAUUUGAUAAUAAAUUAAACUCAAACUUGAUCACA